UUUGACUCGACGAGUCCCCAGUGACCUUGGCCCCCGUCUUUGUGACGCUUUUCCCUCGGCACCCUCACAGACCACCAUCCUGUCUUCACAUUUCGCGCUGCCCGAUUCCCACAGGGCCUCGUCAAAAUGUCUCGACAAAGCUCCACCAAUGCCUUCCAGGGCUUUUCCGUUUUCCAAAGCAGUCUCGGCGAGGCCUUGCAGUGGCUUCCCGCAGUCGGCACCCAGGAACUCGAUGACAUGAUCAACGCCCUGCUCCCGGGUCCCAACUCGAUCCAGGACAAGCGUGCCCACAUCUCCAUGGACUUUUUCGCCUACGCCACACAGACUGGCGAGACAUUCAAGUUCUACCCCGUCCCCGUCUCCGCCGCCGCCCCAUCUCCGGCGAGCUCCGCCGCCCUCUAUGAUUCCGGCUACGGCUCCAGCUUCAACGUCUCUCCCAUCGUGUCCGACAUGAACUCCUGGACCCAGUCCCCCGCGUCAUUUGCCCCUGCCACCUCCUUCAAGGACGCCCACGCCAGCUCUAGCUCGCGCUCUUCUUCCAAGCAGGCCAGCACAUCCAGCUCGCGACAGCCCACCACCGACUUUGCGACCCACCCUGGCAUGCGCAUCAUGACCAAGGACGGCCGCGAUGUCACCAACUCGGCAUCUCGAGGAUGCAAGACCAAGGAGCAGCGAGAUCACGCCCAUCUCAUGCGCAUCAUCAAGGCCUGCGAUGCUUGCCGCCGGAAGAAGAUCCGCUGCGACCCAACCCACAAGAACCGCACUGCCUCCAAGCGUGCCGCCCCGCAAUCAUCUCCCCAGGCCGAGGUGAAGCCUGCAAAGAAGUCUAAGAAGACUACAGAACCACCUCCAAUAGGCUUCCCUGGUCUCAGCCCUGACUUUGCUGUCGGCAACGCUUUUGAGAGCCCCGAGACCACCUCGCCAUUCACGCUCUUCGAAGGAAGCUUCCCCGAGGACCCCGAGGCCUUCUGGGACCAGUUCUUCCUAUUCGAUCAGGAUUCGAAUGCGCUCGACUCCCAAUACACACCAGACCUUCACGAACUCCUCAACAACCCCCAGAGCCUCUCUCCUAGCUCCGGCUCUUCUUCUACUUCUCCGUCGCAAGUUUUCACGCCUUAUACUCCUGCACCUCCCGGACUUUCUCCCACAAUUGCAUCCGAAAUUAUCAACCUAAAAGCGUCUCCUCAGGAUUCGGCACUGCCUUAUCUCAACCCUGGUGUCGCUCAUGGUACCAACUAUGUCGACUUCAACCUCUAUUCGCCAGCGUCUGACUCCUCUCUUGACGACGAAUUGUUUGCCCCGAGAGAUGUUAUCUCUGUUCAUAGUCGACAUCAAUCCUCGCAACGAAACAAUGCUGUGAUCAACACGGCAAGCUGCAAUGUCCUCAGCCAGAACUAUUGGACGGAGGUAAUUCCGGUUGUCAACAGUGGCGGGACGUUGGUUAGUCCACAGUCACUACGCCAUGUUGGCGAGCAAUUCUCGGGUAUCCGACAUCUCGACGAGCGCUAUGGCCCCCAUGUUUCUUUGACGUCUUCUCCGGCUGCGACAGACCAAGGAGGAAAUCUUCAAACCAGCCAAGGAGCCCGUGGACCUGCCAGCAGCGUCAUUUCUCAGCAGGAAGAUGCAGCACGAACUCAGUAUAACAGGCAGCCCACGACAUCUAGGACGAGGCUAGUCCUGGCCCCUGUCAUCAAUGACAUUCAAGCUUCUCCGACUCGAUCAUCUGUUGCCCGAUCAUCACAGUUUGCGGGAGGCUCCCUAAUCCAUUCCCAGUCCGCGCCCUCUGGGUUCAGCUCUAGCAUCGGUGCCAUUGGUUCUAAUGGCGGUGGUGGCGGCGGCGGCAGGGUAGUGUCAUACAGCCAGAGUAAUGUCCACGCUAUUGCGUCGGCUGGAGCGCUUGAUGAUUCUCCGUCGGGAUCAGUUCAGACCCUCGACUCCGGACUAGCAUCAAGAUAUACACGAAACUCGAUGCCAUCCAUCAUCCAGCGAUCCUCACCCACGCUACCACAAACCAUCCAGCAAGCCUCCCCCACACAACCUCGGGCCAUCCAGCAAGCCUUAUCCACACGACCUCGGGCCAUCUCGUCAGUAGAGAUCAAUUGGCAGCAGCCGACUUGGUCUCGACCUCAGUCUCAAGCGGACGCUGAUGUCCGUACAACGAUGGCGCUUGAGCGCCCCACACCUAUUGCAUCCACAUGCAACGGUAUCCCGUGGUCGACUGCGAUGAAUGCGGCCCUCAUGGCUGUCAUCAUCUCAACAUUGCCAUUGCGAUAUAACUUGACGGGCGAAGAUGCCAUAGACCGGAGUGUCCGGAAUGUAGUGUCUUUCUCCCACUUUGUCGUAUUUGGUCUUGUCUCUUUUCUACUGGCAUCUUUUCUGCCCUCGCAGUUCCCGCAAGGCAAGAUUGACAUAGUCGACUCUGUCAGCCUCGCUAUUACAACUUUCUCCUUGGCCUCACUUGCUGUGAAGCAAGUGGGAACAGGGGACCUGAAACCGAUCACCUCGGAAGGCACAUCACCAUCAACAGGCACCAACAUGGCCGGCAUUGCUGUUUGCAGUGCUGUGCACAAUGUCAAAUCGAAGAUCUGACACUGCGACUUAUAGGCAGCGCUGCCUUCUUCUGUUUUCCGAGCGAGAUACUAGCGCUCCCCAUAGUUGUAGCGCCUUUGACAAGAAUAUACAGGUCGUCGCGGACCAUCGUAAUUAAAAACUGUCCCGCAUUUUCGUAGUGAUUUGUGAGGUUUUGUAUCAUGCUGCAAAGCG